AUGGAAAUAUUGAGUGUUGUUCACUCUCUCUCUCUCUCUCUCUCUCUCUCUCUGCUUAUGAAUGUCAAGAUAGCUCUAGACCGCUACGAUGCUUUGUCAGCAGAGUUUCACCAAAGAGAACAAACGGGUUACAUCGACCUCAGGUUGUGCCAAUUGUGCUUCCGUACUAAAUUUGCUGAUGGUAUUGGUCGGGUGUGCUGCGACUGUGAGAAACGUGUGUGCCACAGAUGCGGCUCCUUCGCCCGGCCAAGAUGGGAUCCGAAAAGAAGUAAGAGUAUAAGGGGCAAAUGGCGUUGUACACAGUGCCAACUCAGACGGGAGUUGAUGUGCAAGACAGGCACGUGGUACCAUGGCGACGAAGCAGGCGAUUUCCUCUAUAGCAGCGAAUCGAUGGCUAUGCAAAAGCUGGACAGCGAUGAAACAAUUGUACCAGCCGUUGAUGAUACAUUAACAGAAGUAUCUUCUGAUGUCUUCCGAUCUGGAGCGGACGUCGAAUGCUCUCCAGCUCCACCGCCUCCGCCGAAUUCCGUCAAUCGAAGAUCCUAUCGGACGCGGAGUCUUCCAGCGGGUUAUGCUGAGGGAUGUAGGGACGAAGAGGAAGUCUCUGCGGAUACCGAGCAGUUUGAGACGGAAAGGAAAUUACUCCGAAAGAAGCGGCUUGAUCGGAAGCUUCGUCGACGCUCCAUAUUGCGAAAUCGUAUAUCUACAGAUAUGCCUGAGAUUGUGGUCAAUCCCCCUGACGAAAUAACGAGUCACAGGUCGUCAAAAAGCCGUACCCUGUCAGGCAGUUCACUCCCGCAUGAAACCAGAAGGAAAGAAAAUGUCGAAAGAAGACGUAAAGACGCCGUUGCCGGCUUAGAGGUUGAGAAACGAUCGUCUGGGGAACAAGAAACUGACAACCAAAGUAAAAUUCAACGCCAGAAUGCCAUCUGCUACAGUAGCUCUUCAAACAGCCUGACAUCGGAAAGCAAGGUGGAACCACCUCCGGUCGACAAAGGAAAUGUUCUUGAACCCGACCCCCUUUCUUCCUGUAAAAACCAAGAUGCCAAGAAUAAAUAUCGUUCUAUCAGUUUGACCCAAACUCGUGUCCGGACGCUUGAUAUAACACCCGUAUUUCGUUCAAGUACAUACGAUGUUCCAAUGAUACGAGGUGAUGGAUUACUGGCGCCGGACACAAGUCCCAAUAAAUGUCGUCGUAUAACACUGCCUUUGUGUCAAGAUUUAGGCCUGGUUGCUCAGAAAGCGAAAGGCGAACAAGGUAAGCAAGAUAUAUGCAUCCGCGUUCACUUCAUUGAGCCUCAAGACGGGUUGAUAUGGUCACUUGAAGGUUUGCCCCAGAAUAUGCGUGUGAUUAUGCUCGUAUUUGUGCUCGCUCGUUUCGACGUGGGCACCUCUAACUCGAGUUUGGUAUCGCCUGAUAUUGGUGUUCCCCAGUAUUAUUUUGAAUUGUGCCUUCAGAAUUCCCAAUGUAGUCAAUUUCAAUUUCUUUUGGUUCAUUACUCACGAUAUUUGGUUUAUGUUGUAAUAUAUUUUGGAUCACAAUAUGGGAUUCACCGGGUCGCUGCGGCCAGACCCCAGGACCUGCAGAGGUAUUAUACGGUUCUGGCCUAG